AUGGCCAAGUCGUCCAUAUUUGCCUUCCUCGACACGCCAGCGCCCCAGAUGCUGUCCAGCACAAGGGUCCCGGCCCUCAGCGCCUUCAUCCCCCACCGCGUGCGCAGGAAAUGGAGGGCCACCAAGUCGCGGAUACGAAGCCGCCAGUCGCCCACCUCCUCCAUCAGCUCGCUCGAGACCUCCUUCAACCCCAAGGACACACUCCGCUCGCUGCGGUCACAUCGGUGGUCCUACUAUGACGCCCAGUACCUCAUCCUGGCCCUCGUUGCCAUCUUCGCCCUCUCCGUCAUGGAGACCCCUGGCCCAUUUGCAAAGACCUUCACCGCGGCUCUCCUCAUGGCCGGCGCCCUGAUGCCCAUAACUCGCCAGUUCCUGUUGCCAUUUCUGCCGGCCCUGACGUGGCUACUGCUGUUCUACUGCUGCAAAUUCAUCUCAGGCGACUACAGACCUCCGAUCUGGGUCCGAGUGCUCCCAGCCCUCGAGAACAUCCUCUACGGCGCCAACCUCAGCAACAUACUCUCUGUCCACAAAAAUGUAGUCCUGGAUGUCCUAGCGUGGUUACCAUACGGCAUUGCGCAUUAUGGCUCCCCCGUGGUCGUGUGCGGUUGUCUCUUCCUCUGGGGGCCUCCCGGAACCAUGCCCAUAUUCGCCAGAGCCUUUGGUUACAUGAACAUGGCUGGUGUGAUGAUCCAGCUCAUUUUCCCCUGCUCACCGCCAUGGUACGAGAACAUGUACGGCUUGGCUCCUGCAAAUUACUCCAUGGCUGGCGAUGCUGCUGGGUUGAAGGCUAUUGACAAGCUUUUUGGGAUUGAUCUGUACACCUCGGGUUUCCACGCGUCACCCAUGGUGUUUGGAGCUUUCCCCUCGCUGCAUUCUGGUUGGGCGACGCUCGAGACCUUGUUCAUGGGCCAUGUGUUCCCGAAGAUGAUGCCCAUUUACAUUUUCUACACCAUGUGGCUGUGGUGGGCGACCAUGUAUCUAUCCCAUCACUAUGCUGUCGAUUUAGUGGCAGGUAGUCUACUCGCUGGAAUCGCAUUCUUCUUUGCCCGAGCCAAAUUCCUUCCCCGCGUACAAAUGGACAAGACAUUCCGCUGGGAUUAUGACUACGUCGAAAUCGGGGAGCUAGUAGACGAUUUUUCCCACGGCAUGUUCGACAUCUAUGAGGAAUUUCACCCUCAAUCAGACAGCGAUGAGUGGACGGUCGGAUCUUCGUCGUCAUACUCGUCUGGCGGGAGGAGUCCAUCGACCGGCUCUAGGAGUCCAAUCGACGAACACCAGUCUCUCUGGGAAGGAGACACGCUCGCCUCACACUCCGACCACGAGCAAAUCCGGUAG